CCGGGUUAGACGGUAUCUGUAUUAAUUACCCUGCGAGCAGUAGGCGAAUUAAGCCACUCUGCUGACAGGCUACAAGUAAAUCAAAACGCUUUGAAAUUAAAACACACUACUGAUCGAAAGGCAUCUUAACUUUGUUGAUGUCGCGGGUCACAUUGUCUGCCAGCAUGGAACAUAGUGUGGACUUGGACAAGUAGGUGCUGCUAAGUAGGCGCUCCUGGUUAGGCGGUAUCUGUAUAAUCACCUUACGAGCAGUGUCGCUUCGAUCUUAACUUAGCGUAGGCGAAGCCACUCUGCUCGCAGUGUACAAAUAAAUCAAAACGCUUAUGAAAUGAAAAUACACUACUGAUCGCAAGGCAUCUUAACUUUGUUGAUGUCGCGGCUCACGUUAGCCGCCAUCAUGGAGCAUAAUGUGGAUUUGGACAACAUAAAUUAAAUGUCUAUUUGAAAAUCCAGAGUAGAACAUUGCCAUCUUGUGACCAAGUUAUUCUGUAAACAACGGGCAAAACAAGAUUAACACAGGAGAAUUUUUUUUGUAAAAAGAAAACGAAAAAGAAAGGGUGACGGCAACUAACUGGAACAAAUUGUAAACUAUAAGUAAUAGUAGUUGGACCGAAUGGAGUACAAUUCAGGGAGUAAUCGAGCGAGUAAUUUCAAAAUCGGACAAGCGCGCAGCGAGAGGUCUAUUUGAAAUUACGAUCGAGAUUUUUAAGAAAUGUCCUGGCCUAUUCUGUGGCCCAAUGACAGAAAGCUAGCUAAAACAGAUUAAUAUAACUAGACUGCUAAGUAGACUCGGCUUUAACCCUAGAAUGAAUGUGAUGACAGCUAUUGUACAUGACGAAGCUGAGAGGUCACUCCUCUCAUUACAAUAUUGCGGCUCAAUUGAACCAAGACAAGUAAAACGAUGAAUUCUGUAGUUGAACGAUUCUCAGUGAAAGCAAGACAAUUUAAAUGGUACUCCGAUCUGAAUGAGCAGAGCCAGUUCAUCAUAAGGAUUAUAAGCUAACUAUGGCACCUAAACAGGCUUGAUAUUCCCUGUAUAACAGAACUGUGGAGUGUGUCACAAAAUUAUAACGCGCACGUGACGGAAAGGGUGUGGAAGGUUUCCGAAUUGCGAAAACACUUGUUGAAUUCUUUGCAUGACUUGUUGAAUUCUUUGCAUGCAGGGAAUUCAACAAUACAAAGUACUUUCGUAGUGGAACCUGUUCAUGCUUUAUAUUUUGGUCGGCAGCCAUGCGACUCAAUGAAAGCCUUCUCCAACGUUUUGAUUUGCGUUUUUGAACUUUACCUGCAAGUUGCAGUGUUAACUGGUGCUUCCCAAGUCUACACUUGUACCUUUGGAGACACAGCGAGGCUCUUCUCACCAAGAUCUGACCGAGAACACCUCAAAGAGUUCAGGCAGUAUCGUGUGUGGAAGGGCAACAUAUCAUUCGCUGUCAUCGAAAAAGGAUCUCAGACCGGUAGAUGUUUGAACGAUGUUUUAAAACCAUUUUGUCUUACAAAGGUAGAAUUCCAAGUAUGGAACGAAACCCAUCUACUAUUGACGAUAAAAAACACCAAUUAUGACGACAGUGGAAAUUAUGGUGUGGAACACGUGUUUGGAGGAAUGGAAGACAACGAUAAAGACACCAUCUCUUUGAAAAUAAAGGAGCCGACAGACAUCCCAAGUCAUGGUAAUGCAACCACAGAUGGCAACAAAACUCGUGGUAUUUCCUCUGGUGUUUCGUUAACCCUUUCGGUGCUGUUAGUUGUUCGUUUGUUGAGUAUCAGUCUCUUUCUUUUGUGGGCAUCAAACUGAGUCACUUCAAUGGGUAGGUGAACUCAAACUGAUAUUCUAGUAGAUUUUAAUGGAAAAAAAUUGUUUUGUUGCAACCAUGACGAUUCUUGAUAGAAAUGCUGCCUAUAUAUGUUACACUUAAAACUAAAUAAAUAUAUUUACUACUCCAAUAACUUCUGUAACACUGGUCAACCGUACUGAUGCGUGGGUUGGGAAGGAAAUUUGAACAUGUGAAGUCUCUUUGAU